CCUAAACGCUUGAACGAUAACAUUAGACCUAUAUUGACACUAACGAGUUAGUUUUACUUUCAUUUAGUGUUUUCGUUUCACGCCGUAAACAGUUGGGACUACGAAUUUCUUGCUGAAAAGGAACAUUUCCAUAAAGAGCUUGUGUAUACAGUUUUAGAAGUUUUACUGCAUGGUGCGAGUCAUCCAAUUUCAGUGAUACACUUGAACCAAGGUGUAUGUAUAUAUACAAUCUGGGUAGGUGAAAGCCCUGGUGGUGAUGGCAGAAGAUAAAGGAGAACAAGGAAACCAAAAACCUUAUACUCCAAGUGGUGGAAGUGGGAUUCAAGAGAAUGGCCCUGCCGACUCUAAUACAGCCUCUAUAAGAAUGUCGCCAACAAAAAGUAGAAACACAGUCAUUGCCAGAGUGAGGCUUUUAGAUGGAUCAGAUGUGGAGUACCAGCUGGAUAAAAAAGUUAGAGGAGGAGAACUUUUUAAUAAAGUUUGCAGUCAUUUGGAUCUUCUUGAAAAGGAUUAUUUUGGCCUUUCCUACAGAGACCAUGAUGAAGCAAGAAAUUGGUUACAUUUUGACAAAGGAAUAAUCAAGCAACUGAAAAACCAGCCGUUGAUCUUUUCAUUUGAGGUCAAGUUUUACCCACCAGAUCCAGCACAACUUCAGGAAGAUAUCACUAGAUAUCAGCUGUGCUUGCAAAUUAAAAAUGACAUCCUCACUGGAAAGCUGCCUUGUUCAUUUGUCACUCAUGCCUUGCUUGGAUCCUACCUGGUUCAGUCUGAAAUUGGAGAUUAUGACCUAGAAGAACAUGGAACUGACUAUUUGUCUAACUUUAGCUUUGCUCCCAAUCAAACUUCUGAAUUAGAGGAGAAAGUUAUUGAAUUGCAUAAGCAACAUAAAGGACAGUCACCUGCAGAUGCUGAAUUACAUUAUCUUGAAAAUGCUAAAAAACUAGCAAUGUAUGGGGUAGACCUUCAUCAAGCCAAAGAUUCUGAAGGUGUGGAUAUACUAGUAGGAGUAUGUUCAUCAGGCCUACUCAUUUACAGAGAUCGUCUUCGAAUCAAUCGAUUUGCUUGGCCAAAGAUCCUAAAGAUUUCUUACAAACGUAACAAUUUUUACAUCAAGAUUCGGCCUGGAGAGUUUGAGCAGUUUGAAAGCACAAUAGGGUUCAAACUUGUCAACCACAAAGCUGCUAAACGGUUGUGGAAAGUUUGUGUAGAACAUCACACUUUUUUCAGAUUAAUGACACCUGAACCUCCCCCAAAACAAAAGCUGUUUGCCCCACGAUUUGGAUCCAAAUUUCGUUACUCGGGACGAACUCAGUAUCAGACUCGUCAAGCCAGUGCACUUAUUGAUCGACCGCCUCCCGACUUUCAGCGAACACUCAGCAACAAACGGUUAACAAGAAGCAUGGACAGUGCUCCAGGUUAUGGAAGAAAUCGUCUUCCUCCAGAGAAACGACAAGACGAAUCCAAACGUCACACUCUUGCAGGUUCCGUCGUGAGAACACCCACCUCAGAGGACAACAAAGUGAAAUCUGCCGUGACACCGGACAGGAGUAGUAAAGAGUUAAGAGACAUAGAAACUGACCCUGAUAAGAAACAUGAAAGUAGGAAACCUAUUGGAGGUGUUGCAGUAUUGCCUCCAGUUGACCUGAAAAAGAUGGAACAGCGAAGAAGCCGACACGAGGCUGAAGCUGUUGAAGAUGAAAUGACACAAAAAGAUGUAAAAUUGACAAAAGAAGGUCGACCUGAGAGAGAUUAUACUGAUCUUGAUAAAAAGUUAGAGAAUUCUCCAGUAGUGUCAGCAUCCACUAUGACAGCUACUUCCUCUGUUAGUACUCUCACAACAAAACAAUCCACUCAACAUGACAAAACACCUGAACAGAAGGUAGUCACUUCAAAGACAACUCGCACUACAGUCAGUGAACAGAAAACCAUGACCCAACAAGUCUCAAAAAGCACUAGGAUUAUCUCGGGAACACUAGAUGAGUUACAGGCUCUGAUGGGAGAAAAUGUUAAAGAAGAAGCUGGAGGAGUUAUAACCGCAUCACCUAUCAUCACCAGAGAAACAACUAAACAGUUCUAUAGGUCUGAAUAUAAAGAACCUCCACCGCCGCCACCACCACCACCAGCAUUUGCUACACCCAUUUCAUCAGAACCUGCUACAGCUGUGGAAUCACCCUCUGUUACAACUACUUCCUUAAGCAAAAAGACUAUAGAAACAAUGGCAUAUAAGAUGGAAGAGGAUGGUAGAGUAGAAUCAUUCAAAGAUGAGAAGAUAACCAUAGAGAAUGAGGGAGACCCCAUUGAUUAUGAUCGUGCUCUAGCUGAAGCCAUUCAACAAGCUACCAUGAUGAACCCUGACAUGACAGUGGAGAAGAUCGAGAUUCAGCAUCAGUAGUUGGUCAUCAUUGCCGGAAACUGUUGGUAGAUGUUGAGGUCACUGAAACUUUCUUGAGAUCUCCAUAAUCAUAAAGUAUGGAAGACCAAAGAACAGUCCACCAGUCCUCAGGAAGACUUGAAUGAGUUAAAGAUUCAACCAGUAAUUCUAAAAAACUACAGCUAUGUUUCAUUAACUUGUUAUUAGAUUUAAUAUAUAUAUAUGUUAUUUUCAGUCCAUAUUUCUUAAGCAUGUGCAUCUUGUUUCCAUUCUGAAGUAUCCAUGAAAUGAGUAUCAUAGGUGAAAUUCAAAUAAAUUUUAGUAUAAAAUGUUUAACUUUGUAUUAACGUUCUGCCAUGCUUUACUUAAACACUUACGUUUUGAAAUUGUUGAAAUCCUGGGGAAGGUUUGAUUUAGUAGACGCAUUUAAUGUAAAAUGGUUCUGUAACUGAUGCUGUAGAUGUGCAACUACUCGUAGCAGUUCAAUACAAGAAUAACAGUUUGACAGUCCUUAUGAAAACUUUAGGAAUAAACAAACAUUUAAAGCUGUGUACAAUUGACAUCAAGUACUUAUGCUGAAACUUGAUGAUUAAAGCUGUACACAACUAACAUCAAGUACUUAUACUGAAACUUGAUGAUAUUGCAAUUUUUUUUAUGUGACCUCCCUUUUUUCUUUUAUUAUUAAUAAUGUGUUUAAAAGUGUUUUAUCAGUGUCAGUUUUAGUUAUAAAAAAAGUCCUUGCAUGUAUUUUCUCUGUUUCUUGCUUGUUUUCAAAUUAGAAACUGAAUGGAAAGUACAGUGCAAGGUAAACCUUAAAUUUCAAUGUUGGCUUGAACUUUGUGUUUAUAUAUAACAGAAAUGAGUGCAUUAGUUACCCUCACAGAUGAGAGUUAAAUAGCCUUUUUUUUUGUUUCAUUUUCAUGUUCUGCAGGAUUUCUAGAGAAGUCUGUUUAUAGAAUCUAACAGAUUUUUAACUUGAUCUAUAGAGAAGAAUCUCAUCCUAAAGUUUUGAUCCAGUUGUAGUUUUAGUUGAUGUUUUGAACCCCAGCAGUGUAAAACUAGUCUGUAGAACACUGAAAGCUGCUCUCUGGUUGUCAUUGGUUUCGUAUUGAGGGUGUAUCCUGUAUUAGUUUCUACAAUUAAAAAAGUUUAAUUCACUGAAGCUAUAAAAGUUGAUUAGUUAGCAAUUUGUCCUUAAAUUACUGUAUGACUUUAUGGAUAUUGACGUUAUUGUACUUCAGAAACGUCUACAGGUCAGAAUGAUAAACAUCUGUUCAUGUUUUACAUGUUAUUUACCACUAGGUAGGAGAAUAUGCUGGAUAAUAACACAGAAAAUUGUAAUUUCCACUCAAUGUAUAUUUUCAUGGUUAAGUACUGUAAAGUUCAAGUGCUGUAAA